AUGACCGUAGAAAUCGAUAACAUUCCACAAGUCGACACUGAAGAAGACCUUGAUCACAUGGUACGUCCUCUUCAAGUGUGGGUAAAACAAAUGAAAAAGCGACAAUGGCUACCACAAGUAGCACCUUCCAAUGUAUUAGAGUAUUGUACUCUUCAAGGUGAAGGUAAUGAACACACAUCCCGUUAUCAAAUUUAUGUGAAAAAGCCAUUUGAUAUUGUAAUGAAAGCAUAUGAAAAUACACAACUUGACAAAUUACUGAAGCCAAAUUUAAUUGAGAACGAAACACUAAUCAAACACGGGACAAAUUCCUUAGAACGAGAAGUCCAAAAUUUACCAUGGGGGUCGUUCUCUGUUGCUCGGGAGUUUGUGUUUGCGCGUGUGAGGUUUGAGUUAGACGGAGAGGUGUAUAUCGUGUCAUCAAGUGUGAACUCAAAUAAAGCAAAUACGUAUAAAGACCAAGUCGUUCGAGCAUACAAAAAGUUAUCAGUCAGAGUCGCAAAGGAUAAAAACGAUGGGACGUCUAUCGAAGUCAUUAUCGUCGUUGACUUGAGGGGAUGGUCUUUGGGAUAUGUCAAUGAUUUGUUCAUACAAGAACAAUUAACUCCAUUCAUCCAGCUGAAGACUCAACUGGAACAGUGA